CUAAAAAUCGGCAACUAGUUUUACGAUUACGUCCUUUUGCUCUCGACUCGAGAGACGUCCUUCUCUCUCUCUCCGCCAUUGUUCGUUCCCUCUCGACGGUAAGCGAUAUCCACCCGUAGCACGUCCUCAAUCGGAACUUUGCGACUCUUUACCAAUCGAAAUUUACUAUCGAUUUCUGGCUUUUCUCCUUGUUUCGUCCUCUGUUCCUCGGGUCUCGCUUUCGAUUUCUAGGGUUUCGCGGUUCAGAUCACAGAAGUUCUGCUUCAAUUUUUAAGCGAUUUGAUCACGAUUAGCUGUUUCUGCCGUGCGUUGGCCAAAAUUCGACAUAUCGAGAUUCAGUCUCUGCAAUUCUGAUUUGAACACGGCUUUAGUCAGUCGUAGAGUUUUUAUUUGUCGUAGAAGCAGAUUUGGGAAUAGGAUUUUGGGUUUUUUUUACCCUUCUUCACUGAAGUUAAGAUUUGAACUGUCUGUAUGGCGGCUGGAAGGAAUGCAAGAUAUCCUGACAGUGAAUUGAGAGACAAUGAAUCGAAUUCUAGAUUUUCCAGGCGGGAAAGUGCUUACUCAAAUGAGGAUUAUGACCAUGCGAGGAACGGUGCUCUUGAUAAUGAAAAAGGACGGGUUACUAGUCUAAGACAAGGGGAUAGCGGUAAAGAUAGAGAGAGGAUUAGGGCCGGAGCUAGACACAGAGAUAACCAAGAGAGAGAGAUUGUUGAUAGUGGGUGUCGGUCAUUGAUGAGCAAUCGAGGUAGUAGUAGGGAAGUCUUUGUUGGUCGUGGUCCUAAAAGAUGCGGGUUUUCAGCUAGGUCCGUUGAUAGGGAACCAGGUGAGCUCUCUAGUGAGAGUGGAUCGGAUGAUUUGAUCGAGUCUGAAUCAGUGGUGAAAGAUAAUGGAGUUGUGAAGCAGGUAGAGAAUAGAGGUCAAAGCCCUGUAGAAAAGAAGAGAAAGUUUUCACCGAUAGUAUGGGACAGAGACGACCUUCAAAGAGGUUCUUUGAGCAGAAAUGAAAAACCUGUGGAGGUCACAGCUCUUCCUCCCCCACCACCACUUAUUAAGAGGUCAAGCCAGUCACCUAGUGUCAAUGGUGAUGACAGUUCUCAUUUCUCGCAUGCAAAGAUGCGUCAAGAUCCCGCGCAAGUUGGUGUUCUUGAGGUUUCUGUGCCUACUUUGUCAUCUCCGGUGGAGAUCUCUUCUUUGUGUGUGGUGGAACAAUCAUCAAAUGCUGGGAAGGAUGACAAACAAGAGGAUGCGACACACAUGGAAGAUGAGGAAAACAUGCCAACAAGGCAUAUAUCAUCCUCGAGGUGGGCUGCUGGAAGCAGUUCUCCAACUGACGAAGGUGAAAUAGUGGAAGAAGUGGAAGUAAAUAAAAGGAGGAAGAAACCACUUCCCAAGGAACACUUUCAGGGGAGAUUGCGCAAUAAGUCUCUAACGCCUGAGGCCGGAGAGUUUGUGAGGGAAGGUUAUAGAUCAUCUGAUUCCGAAGGAAGGAGGCACCGUUCUUUGCCGGUAAGGGGAGAUGAUUUUGAGGAGAAAGAUGCUGUGAAAGGUGACAAUAUGGAAAUAGAUGAGGAGGAACAUAGAAGAGGAAAUACUUGUGACAGCCUUAGUGAAACUGAUUCGGAUGACGAAUAUGUUCGGCAUGAGACACCUGAACCUGCUGGUACUCCACUGCGAAGUAUAAACAUGCUCCAGGGUUGUAGAAGUGUUGAUGAGUUUGAGAGAUUAAAUAAGAUAGAUGAAGGUACGUAUGGAGUUGUUUACAGAGCGAAGGACAAGAAGACAGGCGAAAUUGUGGCAUUGAAAAAGGUGAAGAUGGAAAAAGAAAGAGAAGGUUUUCCGUUGACUUCUCUAAGGGAAAUUAACAUACUUCUUUCUUUUCAUCACCCAUCAAUAGUAGAUGUUAAAGAGGUGGUUGUGGGUAGUAGUCUUGAUAGCAUUUUUAUGGUGAUGGAAUAUAUGGAACAUGAUCUUAAAGCAUUGAUGGAGACAAUGAAGCAGCGUUUCAGUCAAAGUGAAGUGAAAUGCUUAAUGCUUCAACUUUUAGAGGGGGUCAAGUAUCUUCAUGACAACUGGGUGCUUCAUCGAGAUUUGAAAACAUCUAACCUGCUUUUAAACAAUCGGGGUGAGUUGAAGAUAUGUGACUUUGGUUUGGCUCGGCAAUAUGGCAGCCCACUGAAGCCGUAUACCCAUCUGGUUGUCACGCUUUGGUACAGGGCACCUGAACUUCUCUUGGGAGCAAAACAAUAUUCUACAGCCAUUGACAUGUGGUCACUGGGCUGUAUCAUGGCAGAACUAUUAUCGAAGGCACCAUUGUUUAAUGGUAAAACUGAGUUUGAUCAACUUGACAAGAUAUUCAGAAUCCUUGGGACUCCCAAUGAAUCAAUUUGGCCUGGGUUCUCCAAGCUGCCUGGAGUCAAGGUCAACUUUGUCAAGCAUCAGUACAAUCUAUUACGUAAGAAAUUCCCAGCCACUUCAUUCACUGGUUCACCAGUUCUGUCCGAUGCUGGGUUUGACUUGCUGAACAAGCUCCUGACAUACGAUCCUGAGAGGAGAAUCACUGUUGAUGCUGCGCUUAAGCAUGAUUGGUUCCGUGAAGUCCCUCUGCCAAAAUCCAAAGAUUUCAUGCCUACUUUCCCUGCUCAACAUGCCCAAGAUAGGCGUGGGAGGAGAAUGGUAAAGAGCCCUGAUCCUUUAGAAGAGCAACGUAGGAAGGAACUAACACAAACCGAACUUGGAUCUGGUGGUCUGUUUGGCUGAAUUGAAGAUAGCAGCUGGUGUCCAACCUUGAUACUCUCAGAUACCAUGGAAUUACCACAUUUUAACAAGGGCUGCUGCUUAAGCGGAGGUUGGAACAUUUGUAUCUCAGACUAUCAUUUGUACUUUCUUUACUCAUUUCAAGGGUCCAUGGUGAUUUGUGAAGAUGAUUUUCCUCCUAUCGCCAGCGAGAUUCCUUGCAGGUUUAAUGUGUUCACAAGCUAGGCUGGUCAGUUAGUAGUCCUGCAGCUUUCUGACAAUGCUUGUUCUGCAAGGUGUGGCAUGACAAUGAAAACUCAAUUUCUACUAAACUUAUGUAUGUAGCUAGUGUUAUUGAAUAAUGACUUUUUUCACUACUAAGAGGGAGAUAACGUAUUAUUUUUCA